AUGUCCAAUGAAGAGUAUCAUAAAGAGAAAUCUCUUAAGGAGGAAUUGGCAGAGUUAAUGCUCAGAGAAGAAUUGUUUUGGCGGGAUAAAUCCAAAGAGCUAUGGAUUAAAGAAGGUGAUGCCAACACGAAAUUUUUCCAUGCUUUGAUGAAAGCGAAAAGGAGCAGAAAUCGUAUUGACUCGAUCUUGGAUAGAGAAGGUAAUCGACAUUCUUCUCUAGAAGCUAUUGAGGAAGUGGCAGUGAAUUUUUUCAAAGAAUUAUUGGGGGAUGGGAGCAGUGUGAAUUCAGCCCAAUCUCAUUUUAUGAUGGAUGUUAUUCAUAGAGAGAUUUUGGAUGCGGACAACAAAUCAUUACGUUGUCCUUUCACUUUAGAGGAGGUAAAAAAAGCAGUGUUUGAUUUGCAACCAAACAAGGCGCCCGACCCCGAUGGUUUCACAAUGGAUUUUUAUCAGAAAUGUUGGGGGUUUUUGGAGCAUGAUAUCCUAAAUUUUUUGGAGGAUUUUAGAAAGCAGGAUGAUACUAUACUGUUUGGUGAAGCCACACCGAGGGAAGCCUAUACUAUUAAGGAGGUGUUAGAUGAUAAUGAAAAGGUGUCUAGGCAGUGUAUGAAUGAGCAGAAAUCUAUGAUUUAUUUCCUCGAUACAAGUAGGAGUAUUCAAUCGAAGAUUGUGGGGAUUCUGCAGUUUGGCCAAGGUGGUUUUCCUAUCAAAAACCUUGGGGUUCCUUUGUUCGCAGGUAGACUGGACAAUAAAAUUUGGGAGGAAAUAGUUAACAAGUGCAAAGCCAAGUCAGCGGCUUGGAUGAAUAAUUGGCUUUCACAAGCAGGGUGCAUUCAGAUGAUUAAGUCUAUAUUGUUUGCAGUACCGAUUUAUUACAUGCCAUGUUACAGUUUGUCUUGUAAGGCAAUUUCUGCACUAGAUGGUAUGCUUAAAAAAUUUCUUUGGGAAGGAUCAAAAGAGGCAAAGAAGAUUCCUUUAAUCAACUGGGACACUGCUUGUAUGCUCAAGGAGGAAGGUGGGGCGGGUCUUAGGAAAAUGAAAUUACAGAAUUUAGCACUUGGGGCCAAACUAGCAUGGAAAAUGUACAACACCCCUCAAAAGGGAUGGUACAAGGUUAUGGCUACCAAAUACUUGGACUCGAGUGAACCAGAAAGGAUUUUCAUAGUAGCUAAUUCGGUUGGAGGUUCUCCGAUUUGGAAAUUUGCAUGGGAGAGUAGGAAGAUUAUCACAGAUCACCUCACUUGGAAAGUUGGCAAUGGGAAAAAAGCAAAGUUUUGGAGGGAUUCCUAG